AUGCAACAACGUCGAGAUGAAAUCCUAGCGAAGAAGGCCAAGCUUGCAGAGCUCAAGAGACAGAGAGAACUUCGAAAUAGCCAAGCGAGUGCUGGUCGCCAGAGCCUGAGCGGUGGUGAUUUAAUAUCGCCAACCCCGAGUAGAGCAGAGAACCGCCGCGAUAUCGAAUCCCUCAUCAAUAGCCUAGUUGGUGAGAGUCGACCCGGCUCAACAACAACAGGUGGCGCGGCGUCCCCUGGUCCACGCGGCAGUAGACCAAACAGUGUGCUCAGCGCAGGAGAACUCAGCAAUGAGGCAUCCGAGUCCGCUGCCCCUUCGGUUGCCGCCCCCCCUCCUCCACAACUAAGUACAGCGCCUCUAACGACGGUGUAUGAAUGCCCACCUUCGCCCGUCAAGGAGAUCUUUUCCUACAGCAAAGGUGUUCAGACCUCAGAUGAAUGGCCCUCACCAGCGAGAAAUCGAGCGCUGUCGACUGCAUCAGAUGGUGAUGAUUUGACAGGAACUACAAAUUCACCAAGCAAGAGGCAAAGUAGGAGAGAAAGAGACAGGGAAGAAGAAUUGCGACAAAAGAUACGAGAGGAGGUUGAGGAUGAGCUGCGAGCGGCCAAAGAAUCGCUUGCUGAUGGCAGUGUCGCGGCACAGCAUGCUUCGUCCACCAACUAUCCAGCCAGAGACUUAACAGCGGAAGAGCUGGAUGCGGUAACCAGAUCUGAAGAGUUUGUCGACUUUCUUGAGCAAUCCACCAAAGUUAUUGAGCGAGCCAUCGACCAGGAAACCUAUGACAUUUUGACAGACUAUGCUUUGCAGGGCAAAGAUGAGGAGGAGGACGACGAAGAAAGCGGUAACACUGGUGGUCGUGGCUCGCAUAGGAUAAAGGAAGUCGCUCAGUUCUUCGACGAUCGAUGGUCCAAAAAAAGGAUGAUCAGUGGUAUUGAUUUCUCGCCGAAAUUUAGCGAGCUGCUGCUCGCAUCAUACACCAAGAAUCCCACAGCCCCCCACGAACCCGAUGGUCUGGUUCAGGUUUGGAACACACAUAUGCACGAUCGCCCAGAAUAUGUUUUCACUGCACAAUCUGAUAUCUUGACCGCCAAGUUCUCCCCGUAUCACCCCAAUUUAAUUAUUGGCGGCUCCUACAGCGGCCAAGUACUUCUCUGGGAUACCAGAGCAAAAGCAGCCCCUGUACAAAAGACGCCAUUAACUGGAUACGGCCACGCCCACCCGAUCUACUCUGUCGACAUAGUUGGAACUCAGAAUGCGAACAAUAUUAUUUCUUGCUCCACGGACGGGGUUGUUUGUGGAUGGAGUAUGGACGUCUUUGCACAACCCCAAGAGCUUCUUGAACUGAAAAAUCCAAGCCAGGCUAAAGUGGCCGUGGAGGAUGUGAGCCCGACUUGUGUUUCUUUCCCUCAAACCGACCCGACAUUCUUCCUCGUUGGGAGUGAAGAAGGCACCAUCUUCCCCUGCCACAGAUAUGACCGAGCCGGUGCCAAGGCAGGCGUGGAUAAGAAGAUCAGCUACAAAGGUCACACGGCACCCGUCAUGUCUGUUGACUUUCAUCCGUCUCGCGGUCCUAUCGACUUGGGUGAUUUGGUAAUCUCAUCCUCGCUUGACUGGAGCGUAAAACUCUGGAAAGUCCGCGCGCCGGCUGCUACAUCAACUAUUGGCGCUGGUGACGGCAGCGUCACACCACUCAUUGAUUUUGUUCGGGAGGACGUCGUCUAUGAUGCCAAGUGGUCUCCAGUUAAACCGAGCGUCUUUGCGCUAGUUGACGGAGCUGGAUGGUUAGAGCUCUGGGACAUUGCGAUGGAAACCGAAGAGCCGAUAUCGCGAAUCUCGCCCAGCCAGCGUCAGGACGGAAGAACAAUGCUCUCCAAGAGUCUGAACAAGUUGGCAUGGGAACCAAAUGAUGGCAAGCGCUUGGCUACCGGUGGUAUCGACGGUUCAUUGACAGUUUUUGAAGUCGGCAGUGGGUUGGGUGGUAAGGAAGGCUUAAAGAACGAGGAAUGGACGAACGUGAAGAAAUUGGUUAAUCGGGUCGAAGCAGUGGGAUUGAAUGGGGCGAUGAUGGUGUAG